AUGGUUGCACUUGCUUCUGCCGGACACACUCCACCACCACCUAAGAAACGAAAACCGUCAGAAAAGAUGUCUUCAGUUGGCAGUACUUUGUCUUCUGGCAAAGGCAAAAACCAGAAGAAAUGUCCUUGGCAGCCAACUGAGCACAGGGACAGUGUGGAGCACAGGGACAGAGUGGAGCACAGGGACAGAGUGGAGCACAGGGACAGAGUGGAGCACAGGGACAGAGUGGAGCACAGGGACAGGGUGGAGCACAGGGACAGAGUGGAGCACAGGGACAGAGUGGAGCACAGGGACAGAGUGGAGCACAGGGACAGGGUGGAGCACAGGGACAGGGUGGAGCACAGGGACAGAGUGGAGCACAGGGACAGAGUGGAGCACAGGGACAGAGUGGAGCACAGGGACAGAGUGGAGCACAGGGACAGGGUGGAGCACAGGGACAGGGUGGAGCACAGGGACAGAGUGGAGCACAGGGACAGGGUGGAGCACAGGGACAGGGUGGAGCACAGGGACAGUGUGGAGCACAGGGACAGAGUGGAGCACAGGGACAGAGUGGAGCACAGGGACAGAGUGGAGCACAGGGACAGAGUGGAGCACAGGGACAGAGUGGAGCACAGGGACAGGGUGGAGCACAGGGACAGAGUGGAGCACAGGGACAGGGUGGAGCACAGGGACAGAGUGGGAGCACAGGGACAGAGUGGAGCACAGGGACAGAGUGGAGCACAGGGACAGGGUGGAGCACAGGGCCAGGGUGGAGCACAGGGACAGGGUGGAGCACAGGGACAGGGUGGAGCACAGGGACAGGGUGGAGCACAGGGACAGGGUGGAGCACAGGGACAGAGUGGAGCACAGGGACAGAGUGGAGCACAGGGACAGAGUGGAGCACAGGGACAGGGUGGAGCACAGGGACAGGGUGGAGCACAGGGCCAGGGUGGAGCACAGGGCCAGGGUGGAGCACAGGGACAGAGUGGAGCACAGGGACAGGGUGGAGCACAGGGACAGGGUGGAGCACAGGGACAGGGUGGAGCACAGGGACAGAGUGGAGCACAGGGACAGAGUGGAGCACAGGGACAGGGUGGAGCACAGGGACAGUAA